AUGUCCAACGUCGAGGUUACAGAGAACGGGGCUGCUCCCACCAUCCACAAGCCUCACCACAAUGCUGCUCUGCCUUACCAGUCCGUCGGCGACUUCCUCUCCAACACCAACAACUUCAAGAUCAUUGAGAGUACCUUGAGAGAGGGAGAGCAGUUUGCCAAUGCCUACUUUGACACAGAGACCAAGAUCAAGAUUGCCAAGGCUCUCUCUGACUUUGGUGUCGAGUACAUUGAGCUCACCAGCCCUCUCGCUUCUCCCCAGUCCCGCAAGGACUGCGAGGAGAUCUGCAAGCUGGGCCUCAAGGCCAAGAUCCUCACUCACGUGCGAUGCACAUUCCCGUUCGAUGCUAUUCAGCCCGAACCUACAUUAACACUCGCGCAGAUGGAAGACGCCAAGGUCGCUGUCGAGACCGGUGUCGACGGUGUCGAUGUUGUUAUUGGCACUUCCCAGUACUUGAGAGAGCACUCUCACGGAAAGGACAUGGCUUACAUCAAGGAGUCUGCCAUUGAGGUCAUCCGAUACAUCAAGAGGUUCGUCUUACCACCAUACUCUCGAAAAUCCACUUUACUGACUGAGUCCUUUAGCCAAGGCAAGGAGGUCCGAUUCUCUUCCGAGGACUCUUUCCGAAGCGACCUUGUCGACCUUCUCAGCCUUUACCAGGCUGUUGACAAGGAGGGUGUUCACCGUGUUGGUGUCGCUGACACUGUCGGUUGCGCUUCUCCUCGCCAGGUCUACGACCUUGUCCGCACUCUCCGUGGUGUUGUCGGCUGCGACAUCGAGUGCCAUUUCCACAACGACACUGGCUGUGCCAUUGCCAACGCCCACGCUGCCCUCGAGGCCGGAGCCACCCACAUCGACACCUCAGUUCUCGGAAUCGGCGAGCGCAACGGUAUCACCCCUCUCGGAGGUCUCUUGGCCCGUAUGAUCGUCAACAGCCACGACUACGUCACCUCCCGAUACAAGCUCCACAAGCUCAAGGAGAUUGAGGAUCUCGUCGCCGAGGCCGUCGAGAUUAACGUCCCCUUCAACAACUACAUCACCGGUUUCUGCGCCUUCACCCACAAGGCCGGUAUCCACGCCAAGGCUAUCCUCAACCAGCCUAGCACAUACGAGAUCAUUGACCCUGCUGAUUUCGGCAUGUCCCGAUAUGUUCACUUUGCCUCCAGAUUGACUGGCUGGAACGCCAUCAAGAGCCGUGUUGAGCAGCUCGGAUUGAACAUGACUGACGACCAGAUCAAGCAAGUUACUGCCAAGAUCAAGGACCUGGCUGAUGUGCGUCCUCUCGCUAUUGACGAUACGGACUCAAUUAUCCGCUCUUUCCACUUCGAUCUUCAGAAGUCAUAG